UCCUUAUUAAAUAAUUUUUAAAAAUAUAAAAUGCGUGAAAUACUAAAUUUACAAGUAGGACAAUGCGGAAAUCAAAUUGGUUCAAAAUUUUGGGAGGUAAUAGCGGAAGAACACGGCAUUCACUCAGACGGCAAAUACCAUGGCACGAACAGUCUUCAGAUGGAUAAAGUAAACGUGUUUUUCCAUGAAACGAUAAAAAAACGUUUCAUACCGCGUUCGAUAAUCGUGGACCUUGAGCCCGGAACGAUAGACGCCAUCCGGGCGAGCACCUACGGGAGAAUAUUCCGACCGGACAACUUCAUUUUCGGGCAGAACGGGGCGAGCAAUAAUUGGGCCAAGGGCCAUUACACCGAUGGUUUGGAGUUAGUCGAUGAGGUUCAGGAUGUUUUGCGUCGCGAGGCCGAGAGUUGCGACUGCCUCCAAGGUUUUCAACUAACGCACUCCCUGGGUGGCGGCACUGGUUCCGGUAUGGGUACGCUCUUGCUCUCUAAGAUCCGUGAUGAGUAUCCAGACAGGAUAAUCAACACGUACUCGAUUAUGCCGUCGCCCAAGGUACAGGACACCAUUGUCGGUCCGUACAAUGUCCUCCUGUCCCUUCAGCAACUCGUCAAUCUCACGGAUUCGAGCUUUUGCAUCGAUAAUCAAGGACUCUACGAUAUAUGUCACAGAACCCUAGAACUCCCUAGUCCCUCAUAUACGGAUCUUAAUCACCUAGUUUCGCUCACCAUGUCCGGCAUCACCACGUGCCUUAGAUUUCCAGGCCAGUUAAACGCUGAUUUACGGAAGCUUGCCGUGAACAUGGUUCCCUUUCCAAGACUUCAUUUUAUAUUGACGGGUUUCGCUCCACUUGUACCAAAGGAGAACAAAUUGUACAAAAAUCUCACUGUACAAGAAUUGACGCAUCAGAUGUUCGAUCCAAGAAACGUAAUGGCCGAUUGCGAUCCACGAAAUGGAAGGUAUCUGACAGUCGCGAUCGUCUUCCGGGGCCAAAUGUCCAUGCGCGAGGUCGACGACGAAAUGAUAAACAUUCAAAUGAAAAACAACUCUUACUUCGUUGAUUGGUUGCCCAAUAAUGUGCAAACGGCCGUAUGUGAUAUACCCCCUAAGGGUAUCGAUAUCGCCGGCACUUUCCUCGGGAACAACACCGUCAUCCACGAGAUUUUCAAACGAGCCUCCACGCAGUUCACCCUCAUGUUCAAGAGGAAGGCCUUCUUGCAUUGGUUCACCGCCGAGGGCAUGGACGAGAACGAGUUCGUGGACGCCCAUACAGAUCUGCUUGACCUCGUAGCCGAUUACCAGCAAUACGAGACGAUCGAGUCCGAACAAUAUACCAUGGAUGAUUUUGAGAACGAUUUCGAAGAAGUAAUGGAGGAGGAUUAAUCCGAUCGAGCGACGAUCUAGUUGAUACGCAACAGUGGAGCUGAGCCGGGUUUAAUUAUUUAACUAUUGUCUUUAUAUCAUUUCCCUUAGCAUUUUAGUUAAUUUUGUUGAAAAUUUUAAUAUGAAUCGUUUCUUCAAAUGUCUAUGGUGUCAUAUCUCAUAUUAAAUAAUUAUAUAGGAAGCCAUUCAAUUUUAUUGUAAAUUAUUUGUACAACUGAAUAUACUAUGAUCG